GCCAAUCCUCCCACCCCAGUAGAGAUGCCGGCUCGCCCGCCUGCGUGCCCUAAGCCCGCGGAGCCGAACCUGAGCCGGGGAGCCGGAGCCGGAGCCGGCAUCUCCUCCAAUCCCUCUCGCUCGCUCGCUCCCCACAGUUGCACUGCCAGCGUCUCCCCAGCAGUGUCUCCGGCUGCCCUGAACUGGUUCACGGAGGAGAGUCUGGCGCAUCCGGCUGGGCCCGUGGGCGUCUGCUGCGUGUCCUGUUCCCCGCUCAGCGCUCCGGCUGCCGCCAGCGCUGCGUCGAUGUUCCAGCUGCCCAUCUUGAAUUUCAGCCCCCAGCAAGUAGCGGGGGUAUGCGAGACUCUGGAGGAGAGCGGCGACGUGGAGCGCCUGGGUCGCUUCCUCUGGUCACUGCCCGUGGCCCCUGCGGCCUGCGAGGCCCUCAACAAAAAUGAGUCGGUACUUCGAGCGCGAGCCAUCGUGGCCUUUCACGGUGGCAACUACCGGGAGCUCUACCAUAUCCUGGAAAACCACAAGUUCACCAAGGAGUCCCACGCCAAGCUGCAGGCGCUGUGGCUCGAAGCGCAUUACCAGGAAGCCGAGAAGCUACGUGGACGGCCCCUGGGGCCGGUGGACAAGUACCGCGUGAGGAAGAAGUUCCCACUGCCGCGCACCAUUUGGGACGGCGAACAGAAGACACACUGCUUCAAGGAGCGCACGCGGCACCUGCUGCGGGAGUGGUACCUGCAGGACCCGUACCCCAACCCCAGCAAAAAACGUGAGCUUGCCCAGGCAACCGGACUGACCCCCACGCAGGUGGGCAACUGGUUCAAAAACCGCCGACAGAGGGACCGGGCAGCUGCCGCAAAGAACAGGCUUCAGCAGCAAGUCCUGUCUCAGGGCUCCGGGCGGGCGCUGAGAGCCGAGGAAGAAGGCGCCACCGAGGUGCUGGGAGCCACCGCCAGCCCGGCCGCCAGCCUAUCCAGCAAGGCAGCCACUUCAGCCAUCUCCAUCACGUCCAGCGACAGCGAGUGCGACAUCUAAGCUGCCCACCCAGCAGGCCGAGAAACAGAAUCCGUGUAUAAAACGACACAAACAAAAUGAAGGAGGGAGGGAAGAGAGACGCACCAGGAACUCCGAUGAUGAGGGGCCCGACAGUUCGGUUGCCAGGUCUCCCCGGUGGUCCGCCCCGGCGUCCGCCCAGCUCCACUGGCCCCUCCGGCCCCUGUCACAGCGGCCCACGGUGAGGCUUGACCCAGCGCCACGUUCUCCUUGCUUUGCUUUUUCCCAAGGAUUUUGCAGCAAAGAUGCCUCCGGAACCCGAACUACACCUGAGCGCCUGCCCUGAAUCUCCCGUGGGUAUUUCACGUCAAAAAGACGCUGUUAUAUAUGUAUAACUUUUGCUUUGAAGUUUUUAAAACAAAACAUAUAUAUGCUGUUUACUUAUUUAAAAGACUGCUAUGGUAGGUUUCUCUGUAUCUUGGGAACUUGCUGUUUCUAAAGGCGCAGGGUGGA